AUGACAUCAACAACAGAACAUAACUCAUUAAAUGUUUAUCUUGCUAAUUAUUUUAUUUACUGCCCAUUAUUAUGUGAAAAAGAAGGACAGGAACAUCGAAAAAUUCUUUAUUAUUAUCCAUCCAAUGUAGAUAUCGAUCGUCAGAUACGUACAAUCGGUUAUUGUGAAGGUUUAAUUCAAUUUACUGAAACAUUUGGUUUUGAUGAUCAAUGUGAAUGCGUACAUUUACAAAAGACUCGUCUCUUAUUUUGUAAAGUUGAACAUGAUAUUUGUCUUACUAUGACACUUAAUGUUCCAAAUAUGGAACGAAAAAAAAAUGAAAAAUCUAUUAUCGAAUAUUAUGAUGAACAUAUUAAUGAUAGACUUAUGUUAUCUAUUUUAAAAAUGUCCUAUCGAUAUUUUGUUUUACAACAUGGAACAAUGUCUUCAUUAGUUCAACCGAAUGGUAUAGAAGAAUUAAAAAAUAUACUUAAAAUAUAUUUUGAUAAGUUUAUUCAAAAUCGUUUACAUAGAAUGAUAGUUGAUACAACAAUUGAUUCUUCAUAUUUCGGUAUACAAUUUCUACCAGUUGAAAAAAUAAACUAUAUAAAAAUUCAAUCAAUUUUACGACGAUUUGAAUUACGUUUUACAUCAUUGAAAGAAACAUUGUUUCUAUACAGAAAUCAACUUAUAUGGAGUGGUCUUAAUCAAGAUGAUACUAGUCUAAUCUAUUCAUAUUUUCGACUUCAUUAUUGGCCACAAAUUAAAACAUUACAAAAUACAUCUACUAUAAGAUAUUUAACAAUUGAUACAAGUGCAAAUCCAUCUGAUGAAUUAAUUAUAUCAACAGAUGUAAUUAGUCAAGAAUUUUUUUUGGGUUGUCCAGCUACAUCACAUCGAAUAGUUGUUAUAAAUAUAAAUUUAUUUACUAUUUUUUGUAUAUUCUAUAAUGAUGAAGAACUAUCUAACAAUGAAACAACAUUAUCAAAAAUUAAUUCAUAUAAAAAAGAUUUCGAUGAAAUUUUACCAUAUUUUGAAGAAAAUUCACGAAAAAAACAUUUUACAAUAGAUGCCAAUGUAAGGACUAUUUAUUUUAAUAAAAUGAAUAUGGCACAUUCAUCAACAGUUGAUUGGAAUCGGGAACCAAAUAAUACUAUGAUUGGUAUUACGAGUACGCUUGCUGAAGAUUUGCAAUGGUUUCAUCCAUCCGGUGAAAUAAUGGUUAAACGUGAAAAUGAUCCAUGGAUAAUAGCUAAACGAUCCGAUAUGCGUGAAUUAUUAGUAAUUAUAAAUCAAAAGAAUGCAAAUUUAAAAGAUAUAAGCGAUAAAAUCAAACAAAUAUUUUCUACACAAUUUAAUAAUAUUUUACUCUUAGAGUGA